AUGCCUAAUCUCGCGCGACAAGAUCCAUUGUGUGUACAACUAUUGAAAAGUCUUAUUCUAUGCAGUGAAAAAGCUGCAGUUAUUGCACGUCUAAUAAAAAAACAAACUAAUCUAUUUCAAAGUUUAAUUCAAGUGAAAGAUUCAAGUGAAGCAAAUUUACGAUUUAGUAUAGAUGUGAAAACCCUAGCUGAUGUAUUAAUUCAAGAAGUGAUAAAAUAUGAUUUAAAUUUACUGUUUCCUGGAUUCGGUGAAUCAGUAUUCGGUGAAGAGAAUAAUCGUUUCUCUAGUAAUUCAGGUAAAAGUGUUACAAUACAACUUACAACAAAAGAGAAUCUUGUUAAUUUAUUAGUCGAUGUUUUUGGUAAUAAUGAAGAGUUUGCCAAUGAAUUAAGUGAAAUUUGUUUUCAACCGUUGGAAUGGUUUAAAACACAGCUACCAGUGUGUAAAAUUUGGGAACAUCUUAUUGAAAGUUGUAACAAUUGCUUCAAUGGACAACAAUUAAACGAGAGAUUUAAUGAUCCGGGUACAUUUGGUGUAUGGAUUGAUCCAAUAGACUCAACAGCUGAUUAUGCUCAAGGUCGAUUCGAUAAAAUCCAAGCAUCCAUUACUCCGCCUACUACUGUUAGCCCAACUACUACUACCAACCCGCCAAAUUCAUCUUCCUCCUCGCCACCACCACCACCACCACCACCAUCAUCAGUACCACCAUCUCAAUCGGCGCACAUCGCAUCAUCACCUGUUACACAAUCUGCUACAGACGCUGAACAUUUAAAUCAAAUUAAUCAUUUUUUUGAAAAUCCAACAAGUUUAAUACGUUUCUAUCGUGGUGGACUAAUCAAUGUUACUAUCCUUAUAGGCUUAUUUGAUCGAUGCACAGGAGUCCCAUUGAUUGGUGUUAUUAAUCAACCAUUUUAUUUAAUUGAUUUAUCAGAAAGUGAAGUUGAUACUUUUCCUAAUUAUGGUCGAAUAUUUUGGGGUAUACAUGUGAUGAAUUUAGAAACUAAUUCAUUGAUUAUAAAUAGCAGAUCAAAUAAUUGUUGUUCACAAGCCUUAAUGAAUUCACCACCAGGAAAUUUACAAUAUCCAAGACAUUUACGUUUUCCAGACAAUUUUUUCGAUGUUCUCUGUCCAGAUAGAGUGUUCAGUGAAGGCAAACCGAUUUUAAAACUUGCUUGCAGUUCAGUGGAGUUUAGUCGAUUGACUAAUUUAUUUCAUGAUUACAGAGAUGAAAAUCUAGAAUUGGUCAAUGUUGUCUUGUUGUCAUCAUCUGGAGCAGGUUUUAAACAGUUAUGCGUUAUAUUAGAUGAAGUUGACGCGUUCAUUUUAAUGGAACCGAAUACAUUUGUCUGGGAUACAUGUGGUCCGCAUACAAUUAUCUCUUCAUUAGGCGGUGGAAUUAUCCAAUUGAAAUCAGCUUUAGAAUCGGUUAAAGCAUCAAUACAAUCUAUGCCAAACCAUUUGGAUAGUGUUAGACAAAUAAUAUUGAAUAAUUUGUUCAAAUUUCAAAUAACUUAUAAUAAAAUUACAAAAUCAACAGAUGAGAUUCAGACUGUCAAUUCAUCGAACCUAUCAAAAUGUUGUAAUCGUCAAGGUCUACUGGUGUAUAGAAAUCCAAUGUUAGCUAGUCAAAUAUUAGUUCACAUCGCAUUGAAUCAGAAAUAA